AUGCGCGGGCGGGGGCGCGGGCGGCGCGCAUGCGCGGCGGGGCGGUGCGGACGGCAGGUAGGACGCGCGGGAGGCGGCCCGGCCCCGUCCGGUCUGGUCCGGUCCGGUCCGGUCUGGGCGGCGACGGCCCCGCGGCGGUGCUGCCCGCGAGGCGGCGGUUCCCGGCUGCGGGCGCUCGCGGUCCCCCCCGUUCGCUGUCUAUGCAGGGAUGUGGCGGGGGUUGAAUUGCUGCUGCUGUUGACUAAAAUAUUUUACUAAUUGAGGGGCCUGAAGGUGAACGAAGAGGCUGAAACUGAUAAAGGGCCUGGCAGUGUGGUGGGGAGGUUGUUUUUAGGACAGCGGAUGCGUAGCGUGUUUUCACCUGGAAGCCUGACCUAGGCCGCAGGCCCUGUCGUGUGCCCAGCCCUUGCUUGGACGUGGCUGAGGCUCAAGUCCGGGCUCUCCAGGAGGAGCUUGGUGCGGGAGGCAAGGGUUUCCUCAGCCGGUGCUGGUCUGCAAGAGCAUUUGGCUGAAGGAGCUCAGGAAGAAGGCAUUGGACAGGCAGGGAAGCAGCCCGUCCUUCCCGCUAAGGUGCGUGGGCCCACACCUCCACUCCAGCAUUGGCAACGGCACCGGAUUCGCCAAGCCUGAGUUUGUCACUGCUGUUUGGGCCCAGGAAGGGGUGCAGAGCUGCAAGGAGAUCCUCAAGGUCUCUAGUGCUGCCUUAUCUGGUGGCGAGCCUCAGUGGCAGCACGGAGGAGCAGGUGAGCCUGGCAGAGCUGGCAAAGGCCUUGGACAACGCACUCAUGGUCCCUGGGAGCGGGAUUCAGCAUGCGGCAGUUGCCUCCUAUGAAUGCAAACUGCGCUGCCUCAGGAUCCGGGUGAGGCAGAUCUCCAGGGAGAGGGACAAGGCGAGGCUGGACUUGGAGGAAGCAGAGAGACGCUGCCUGCAGCUCAUGGGGCAGGUGGAUGAGCACUAUGCUGCCCACGAGCAGAGCCAGGGCAAGCUCAGGGACAUUAUGACUGAAAUGAAGGCAAAGGACCUGCUUUUGCAGCAAGCCACCAACCGUCAAGCCAAGCUGGAGGCUGAUGCGCAGUUCCUCCAGGGCAAAGAGGCCAACCUGCGAGGAAGACUGAACCUCAUGAUGAAGGAGAACACACAGCUGCAAAACAAGGUCAUGGAGAUGGCUGAAAAACUUGCAGGCUCUGAAAAGCUGGUGUUGGAGCUGCAGAAAGAGCUCGACCUCGUUGUGAAGGACAAGCUAGGCCAGUUGGAGCCGUGCAGCACAGAGGUCCUGAACCAGGACGAGCGCUUUGCAGAGAUCAUCCUGGAAUACGAGCGGCAGUGCCGGGUGCUGUGGGACCAGAACGACACGCUGCGGAGGGAGCUGGAGAGGCUGCGUCUCCAGCUACGCGAGAGCAAGGCCCAAGCAGACAGCCAGGAGAGCAAGGCUGAGCGAGCGCUGCCAGCUGGAGGCCUGUCCUCACAGAGCUCCUCUCUCCCAGCGUGCCUCUCUCCCAGCCCUCCAGUUCCCGAUUCUGCGUGCACAGAGACGGCGCUCACAAUGGAGCAGCUCCAAGACCAGCUGCAGGACCUGAAGGUGCAGCUGGAAACCAAGGUGAACUACUACAAGCAGAAAAUUGAGUUGAUGAAGAAGAGCUUUGAGAGGGAGAGGAAGGACAGUGAGGAAAAGUUCAAGGCUGAGAUGAGCAAGGUGGAGAAGCAGAAAAGAGUCUUGGAAGAAAGAGCUGCAAAAUAUUGGGCUAUAAUUGAUGGCCUGAAAGAGCAAAAAUGUGUGUGGAGCCCAGAGCUGGAGGAGAGGUUUGAGACGGAGUGGGCCAAGGUGGGACAACAACAUACCAAAGGCGUUUUUCAUCUGGGGCAGCGGCUGGCUCAGGAAGGAGAAGAGCUGACGACGCAGCGCGGGGAUGGAUCGAGCCUAAGGGGAGAGCCCUGCCAGCUGCUGGAGGGGAACAGCUUGCAGACAAGUCAGGUUGGGGGACUCCAGCAAGAGCCAAGGGUGGCGGAGGAGAAGAGCAGCGAGCAUGAGAAACAUAGGAGUGAGUUGUGCAGAGAGAAGGUGCAGGAUCUGGCCGAAAUAGAGGAGUUAACUGAGUUGAGCGAGAAGCGCAAGGGGGAGAUCUCCCAUCUGAAUGCUGAGAUGUGCCAGCCAGGCUGUGAGCUUUGUGACCACGAAGCCAGCCAGGGCACCAGCCGUGGCCCCCUCCAGCAGCGGAGCCGGAGGCUACCAGGAGUGGAGAGGGCCGCGAGGCUGGAGCAGGAGCACCGCCAGCAGCAGGCAGCGUGUCGGACGGAGAUGGAGCUGCUCCGGCAGCAGCUCAGGGCCUCCCAGGAGAAGGCCAGGUGGGCGGAGGAGAUGGAGGCUGAGCUGAGGUGGCUCACGCAGGAGUGCCAGGCGCUGCGAUUCGCCACGGCCCGGUUGAGAGAGGAGCUGGAGGAGCGGCAGGACCAGCUCUUAGAAGCCAAAGCAAGCCUGAGCCUGGCCCGGACUCAGCACAUGCUGCAGCUGCAGCAGGCUAAGGCCCAGAUGCGCAACAUGGUGCCGAAGAGCCAGUUUGAGCAGCUGCAGACCAGCUUGAGAGAGGAGCAGCGCAAGGCUCGGCAGCUCCAGGAGGACCUGCACCGCCAGGCUGAGCAGGCGUGCGGGCAGCUGGCCAGGACCCAGGAGGAACACGAGCGGCUGCUGCAGGCAGCAGCAGGGCGGGCGGAGGGGCUGGAGCGCGACCUGAGGAGCGCCGAAGCGGCGCUGGCGGAGAAAGCGGCUCGGCUCAAGGACGUGGAGGCCCAGCUCUCCGGGAACACCAGGAGCAAACUGCUGGUCGAGGACCUCCACGAGGGGAACAGAGAGCUUGCAAAGGCCCUGCGGGUGGCCGAGCUGAAGCAGAAGUGCACCGAGGAGAAGAACCAGGCCUUAGAGGAGCAGGUCUUGGCCCUGAAGCACCUCAUCAGAGAAAUCACACCAGUGUCUCUGAGUGGGUGACUGGGCACCCGCUGUGGCACCUCUGCCCCUGGUCCCAGCUGGGGUCCAUCAGGUGUGAAGGGGGAUGCAGCAGGAUUACAAAAACAGCCCUUUUCUCCCCGAUAUUGCUGAGGUUUCCUUGGUAGAAAGUGGAGAAACCAGACGUAGUCCUUCAAGGAAAUGGGUCCUGUGGAUAGUCAGAUUUUUCUUGCUGAAAGCGCCAGCAAUGCUCGUUCUUGCUGCAGGUCUGUCUCAGGGCGUCCUUCUCGCCAGUGUCCAGUGCCUGCACGCUGACAGCGUGUUUGGUGGUGGUUUGGAUGAGGGUUGCUGUUGGGGCACCCCUGCUACAGCUGGCAACCCAGGACGGAGGGCUGUGGGUUCCUGCACCUGGGUGACUCCAAGCAGGAAAGUUGCGUUGUAGCAUUUAAAGGUUUGCGGUACCAGCAGCACCUCCUGCCAGCUCCGGUCUGCCCUGAGUCUCAAGACUCUCCUGUGACUAUUGCUGAGCUUUUUGCCCUACAGCUCCUCCUGCGCUCUGGGAGACACUGGCCUUCCUAAAGCCUGAACCUAGGAGCCAAAACAACCUGUCGCUGCAUCGUUGCCUCUGUGGUGAGCAGGACGGAGUGGCCGAGGGAGAAGUCCCCCUUCGGUUCAAGCCUCCGGGCAGGGCUGUUUUUCGCUGCUCAGCACCGUGCUCCGGCGAUCCCUCCUUACUGCGCCUCCUCCAAGGAGACUGGGAAACGUGGACGGUGGUACCAUCAUCAAUCUCAAAUUCGCCGUAGUCUUUUAAACACCGCACCUGCAAAGCCAAAGGGCAGAUCUCCGAUGGAGGAGUAUUAGCACAGCAUUGCCGACUCACCACAAAUGCCCCGAAGCUGUAAGUACGGGCAUGUCCCUGCUCGCCUGACGGAGCCUCCAAUGGAGCAGACGCCUGAAAUGCAAACCCAGAGGGAUCCCGUGGCCUGUUCCCUCCAUCUGAUGUUCCCCCCCUGCACCUGCCUGGAGCGAGACGCACCCAUGGGCAGCCCCGGCCCUCCAUGGCGGCUGGUGGAAGAGCAGCAACACUGCGCUCAGGGGACAGAGGUCUGGGGAGCAGCAGCAGCACUGCCAGGAGAAUCCCCUCAGGCGUGCCAGAAAAUGCCAAUAUGUUAACAGCGAAGCUGUCUUCAGGAGCUUUGACAGAAGUUUUGACAGUAAUUCAGACCCCACCACCACACCGAUUCCUUGCAGACCCGCCCCCUUCCCCAGACAGAAACCACCAAUCUUGCACUUACUUCG